AUUAAUUGUAUCUCUAGCACAUAACUACAGGAACUCCUUUCAUUUACAUUCAGAAUUAUAUCACUCUUUGACCAUCUUCCACUGCCAAGACACCAAGACACCUAUACUGCCCACUAAACUACCACCAUGCCCACCGGCUGGCUCGACGUCCACGGCCACUUCGCGGUUCCCUCCACCGAAGCCGAACGCGAAGCAGCAGCGAAAGAGCUGACCGACGACCUCCGAUUCAUCACCACCGCCGACCGACUCAAAUGGUCCGUCGAGGAGUCCCUAGCAAACACCGACAAAAUGGGCGUAACCAUGCAGAUGUUAUCCAACGUCCCGUCUACCCUCGAAGGCCUUCGCUCCGCCAACGACUUCGGUUGCUCAAUCAUCCAAUCUCACCCGAACCGGUUCGGGCUCCUCGCGGCCCUCCCUACGGACAUUCCAGAUGCAUGUCUGCAGGAAAUCGACCGCACGUUGACUUUCCGCAUCCCGCCGGAUGGGUUCGCUGUACAUCCCUGUCAUAAUAAAGUGUAUCUCAGUGAUAGGAGUCUGGACCCGGUCUGGAGCAAACUGAACACGCUGAAAGCGGUAUUAUACAUCCAUCCAGACGCAUACGUCCCCGCAUUCCGAGACCGGCCCGGCUCUCUCAUCGAAGUUACCUUCGAAACGGCCCGAACCUUAACAGAUAUGCUAUACACCGGGUGGUUCCGUCGGUAUCCAGACAUUACGGUCAUAUUCAGCCACUGUGCCGGUGCAUUUCCCGGAUUGUACGGUCGAAUUCUACGUCUGGGGACCGAGAGCUGGGUGUCGAAUCCGGAGGGGAUCAGCGUGGAGGAAAUGGAGACUCAGUUGAGUCGGUUGUUUGUGGAUACCGGGGGUAUGGCCUUGACGGGGCUUCCGGCUGCGGAGAAGAUGGUGGGCGUUGGGCAUUGUUUGUAUGGAUCUGAUUGUGGAGCGCCGUGCUCGACGAUCGAUACGAUGAUGCGGAAUAGGCAGGAUGUUGUGGAUUUUGAGAGGGAUGGGGGGAUUGAGGUGGGGACUAUUGGGAUGAAUGCGUGGGAGUUGUUUCCUGCUGCGGCGGAGAGGGCGAGGGCGGGGUGAAUGUCUAAUUGCUUACAGUUUGCAAUUAUAGUGCUCUGUUGUGGUUACCGCUGCAACAUAAAAGUCUUUUGUACUUUCGCUUUUCUUAGCUGUACUGGAGAAUUGUUUGUCUAUACGCGACUGAG